AAGGAGUUUGAGAAUUAGGGCAUUUUCCCCUUUGACAGUCGUAGUAAUGGGGUCUAAGUCUAAGAGGCUCCUUUCAAACUCAUCCGUGUCGGCUUCAUUAACUAUUGAGGGAAAAGCAGAUAAGAAGCUCAAGGGAUUAGCUACUGCAGACCUAAAUUCUGAUGAGGGUGAAGUUAAGGGGAACGGUGGGAAAGGUAAAGUGGUUAUGCAGGGCAAGAAUGAUAAUAAAGACCAAGGUUUGGUGGGUACCAAUCGUGAUUCCAAAGUGGGUGUUUUUAAGGAUAUCAUAAAUGAUCCUGGCAGAAUCAACGCAAUGACAGUUCAACAACUCAAGGAUGCAUUGUGGAUUGCUGGCCUCCCUGCCAAAGGUUGCAAGAGUGACCUUGUAUCUGCCUUGAAGAGUUAUUUGGAUAAGCAAUUAGAAGGUGAAAGUUCUCAUUUGGGAGAUGAACAACUUUCCUCCAUUUCUGCUCAAAGCAUCUCAGUGUCAGGAAAGACUGGGACAUUAUCAGGUGAACUUGAUGCUAAAAUUGUCAGGAAAGGAAAGAAGCUUUCAAUCAAGGAAAGGAAGCCUUCUCAAGCAAUCAGGAAAGCAUCUUUGGUUAUUGAUGGCAAAGAUGCUAAUGAUAGAGUUAAUGUUCCAAUGAGUCAAAGUGAACCAUGGACAAUUUUUUCCCACAAGAAGGCUCAGAAAGGGCUGAGAGCGCUGCUGAAGUUAGAGGGGUUCCCUGCUCUUGAGCAUGCUAAAAGGGAAAACUUUGAUGCAUUGUGCUUACAGGAAACUAAACUGCAGGAGAAAGAUGUUGAGUCAAUCAAACACUCUCUUUUAGAGGGAUAUGAGAAUAGCUUCUGGACAUGCAGUGUUUCCAAACUGGGCUAUUCUGGUACAGCAAUUAUAUCCCGGAUAAAGCCGCUUUCAGUCAAAUAUGGCCUGGGCAUAUCAGAUCAUGAUAGUGAAGGUUGUCUGGUGACGGCUGAAUUUAAUACAUUUUAUUUGCUAAGUGCCUAUGUUCCUAAUUCUGGAGAUGGCUUGAGAAGGCUGAUAGGAGGAGCCAACAGAACUGCAGAAUCCGUCGAUCUUCUCUUCGCCGAUCGUCCGCCGAUUUCUCUUCCACCGAUCGUCCGCCGAUCUUCUCCUCUGUCACUGCACUUCUUCUCUUUCGAUAGAAAAGCAACGGACAGAAGCAUAACGAAGCUACCGCCUUCAAUCAAGAGAAACUGCGCAGCAUCAGCCCCACAAUGGACGGCGAUCUCGCGGCUAGUCUCGUGCCAGACUGCAAGCAGCUUGGAAAAUAGAGCAGCAGGGCCAGGCAUGCGGCGGUGGUCGCUACGGAGCUUGAGGAAGACGAAGAUGAAGACGCAACAAAAGAGACCGAUUGUGGAGAUGUUGAGAAGGUAUUGGAUGUUGCCAUACCAGGCGCCGUCCAUUCCGGGGUCGCCGUCGAAGGCGGGGGAAGGAGGAGGAGAGGGAGUUUGGUUCAUUGGGGCGGGGGAUUUGGAGAUUAAGGUUCGGGUGAUUGGGUUUUGGGAUCUUGAUUCAUGAAGGAGAAACUAACCUACACAGUAAAAUUCAAUAAAAAUG